AUGAAGGAAAAGGCAGAGACAGCUGGGAUCCCUGAGAGCACCUUUUACCCCUUGAAGAUACCACCAUUGGGGGCGUCAGGUGGAGGAAAGUGUAAGAGUAACUUUCUGGGCAAGAAGACGCUCACCCGCCUUCUCCCAACAGAUCUCCGUGUGACCGAAAGGCAGUGGCGAGCAGUGGAUGUGGUCUUAGACUGCUUCUUGGUGAAGGACAGUGGGCGUCGUGGAACUUUUGCCAGUAACGAGAACAGGGCCAAGGCCUUGCUCGUGCUGAAGCAGGUGUCUGUACUGGAUGAUGGCUCCUUGGAAGGCUUCACAGAUUUCCAACAGGGCUCUGCAGCCCAAGAAGACCCACCUGUCAUCUUCGAGGCCUCAGUGGACUUGGUGCAGAUUCCCCAGGCUGAGGCCUUGCUCCAUGCUGACUGCAACGGGAAGGAGGUGACCUGUGAGAUCUCUCACUACCUUCUCCAGGCCAGACAAGAGGCCCCUGGUGAGACAGCAGCUUGGUUCAUCACCAAUGUGCAGGUGUCCGGAGGGGGGCCUAGUGUGUCCAUGGUGAUGAAGACCGUAGGAGAUGCCUGGCCCUCCAUGCUGAACCUGCCCCUCAGCCCUCAGGACACUGUGCAGACUACAGUGGAGUUCCUGGUGACAACACAGACCCCAUCCCUGAAUUUCCUGCUGGGGGCCUCAGCCUCCCUGCACUGUGGCAUCUCCAUGGCACCAGGCUUGGACCUCAUCAAUGUGGAGUGGCGUCUGCAGCACAAGGGCAGUGGCCAUCUGGUGCACAGCUGGACCAUGGGACAGGGGCAAGCCAUGCGGGAGGGCGCUACCCUGGAUCUUGAGCAGCUCCGCCUGGCUGGCAAUGCCUCACUCAUCCUACCCAGCCUCACUCCAAAGGAUGAGGGCUCCUAUAUCUGCCAGGUCACCACCUCUCAAUACCGCACUCAGCAAAUUGUCCAGCUCAGUGUCCAAGCUUCCCCAAAAAUACGAAUGAAUUUGGUAAAUGAAGCUCAGCCACCCACCCUCAUCUGCAACAUUAAUGGCUAUUAUCCUCUGGAUGUGGCUGUGACGUGGGCCCGAGAGGAGCUGGGUGGAACCCCAGUCGAAAUCUCUGGGGCUUCCUUCUCCAGCCUGAGGCAAAGCACAGCUGGCACCUAUAGCAUCUCCUCCUUCCUAACGGCAGAACCUGGCUCUGCAGGUGCCACUUACACCUGCCAGGUCGCCCACAUCUCCCUGGAAGAGCCCCUAAGUGCCAGCACCUGGGUUGCCCCACCAGAGAGAAGGACCUUUGGAUUCCUCUUUGCCAGCAGCCUCUUCCUUCUUGCACUGUUGUUCCUGGGGCUUCAGUGGCGAUAA